GAACGCAGCAAUGAGGAAACCGGACAUUUAACAAACAUCUCAAAGGUUUCACAUUUCUGCCUGUUUCCGCCGCAGUCAGGGAACAGCUGCAGACGCACCCUCUGAAGUUAAGAACCGCGGUGGAAAUCUGACCAGAACUCCUCGUCUUAUCUGUGUGUAUAACAGAAUCAUGGCCUACCAAGGAUACGGUGCUCCCCCCGGUGGAUAUGGUGGACCCCCAGGUGGAUACGGUGCUCCCCCCGGUGGAUACGGCGGUCCCCCCGGUGGAGUCGCGCAGGAUCCUCUCUACGGAUAUUUUUCAGCUGUGGCUGGACAGGAUGGACAGAUCUCAGCAGACGAGCUGCAGCGCUGCCUCACACAGUCCGGCAUCUCUGGAUCGUACAAACCCUUCUGCCUGGAGACCUGCAGACUGAUGAUCAGCAUGUUGGAUAGGGACUAUUCCAACAGCAUGGGCUUCAAUGAGUUCAAGGAACUGUCUCAGGUUCUGAACGGCUGGAAGAACACCUUCGCAUCCUACGACCGAGACCGCAGUGGGACUGUGGAGGGCCAUGAGCUGCAGCAGGCCCUCAGCACCAUGGGUUUUAAUCUGAGCCCUCAGGCAAUGAACAUCCUCAUGAAGCGCUACAGCUCAAACGGCAGAAUCGCCUUUGAUGAUUUCAUCAGCUGUUGUGUGAAACUCCGCGCGCUGACAGAUCAGUUCCAAAGGAGGGACACAACCCGAAAUGGCCAGGCCACAUUUCAGUACGAUGAUUUUAUCCAGGUCACCAUGAGCAUAUGAAGAGGAAUAGACGAAACAGAGGGGACACUCCAGCCCUUUAACACCUUCUCAUAUUAACAGCAUGUACUACUCUCAUUGGUUUUAUUUUUAAUCGUCGUUGAAAUGUUAAAGUCACAUUCCAUUUUACCAGAAACUUUUUUUUUAACAAAGUUGUUUUGUAAUAAACUAACAAACCUAUAUGAACAAAGUAACUUAGGGUUAUACCACUAACAAACCUCUACAGUACGUGUCUGUGUUAGUCCAUGGUGCAUAUCAGUGUAAACACGUAUGAAAUGAAUAAACAUGACAUCCAUCACA